UUAAAUUCAUCCAUCAUCAUCACUCAUUACCUAGGUAGCUUGCCUCUUUUCUUCCCAGUUCACUCACUUCUGCCUUGAGAAAAUAACCAACAUACCUGCCCCGUGCAAACUUCUUGCCCUUGAGUUGCAUUGAUGUUCAUUCUUUUCCUGUGAAUAGUAGGGACCUUCCUGUCUAACAAACUGUUGGUGAUAACUUCUAUUUUAAUCUUUCUGACGGGUUCCACGUCUAUCUCACCUCAUCUUCAUCAAGUACUUUUUCAUCACUUCACUUCACUAAUAACAAAUCUCAUGCACUUUACUUUAAUACUUACUUACGACCUACCUGCCUACCAUUCACACCGGCGUCUAUCGUUCACCAGUGGUAUAAUAUAAACUAGCUAGAUAGGUAAAAAUCCCUACCAGCAGAUCAUCCUCGUUUGACUUUUUCUCCACAACUACACAACCCCUCACUCAAACGUCAAGGCGGAGAAGAUGCCACUUACUGCGUACUUUACUUGACGUAUCUACUCCAACUCUUUGCUACAAUCUCAUUCAUCUCCUUUCACCCCCCAAUCUCGAGACUCUUGAGGAUCUUCCAUUAAAUCCAUCUUCAUUUACUUCCUUCCACAUAUACCGAGUCCUGUCUGGUGUUAGUUAUCGUUUGGUUUCAAUUCCCUCGAUCCCAAUCACACUAGUCACUUCACCAACGCCUUUUAGUCCAGGAAUAACAAGAAGAUACUGACUCGAUUCUUUUACUAGUUUUACCACAGCUCUAGUACCAUCACGCCAAAGUUGAUAGUCUAUUACUCGGUCCACAUAGAAAUCUCAGUUGUCUUUAAUAUGCAAACGAUCGUUCUCACUCCCAUCUCAACUACCAUGAACAACCGACUCCUAGCGAAUUUAUUCAAUUGAUCAACUGAAUAUACUGCCACCAUUUCAAUAUGAGCCAAACACUUCCAUUUAACCGUCCAAAUGGUCCGGGAAACAAACCGGCUUAUAUCAAAAAUGAAGUUGACCAAAUUAUCGAGAUUUCCGACUCUGAUUCCGAUGAUUAUGAAGAUGCUUAUGACGCGCCUCAACUUCCCACACAUCCGCAACGUCCAGAACUACCAAACGACCCUUUUCGGGGACGUUUUGCUGCCAAUAACCAAAUGAUUAAUUUCGUCGAUGGAAAUUUCGACCCACCGUAUGCCUCUCGGAUACCUGGGCCAGCAGCCGCAGCCUUACUCAACCAAAAAUCAAUGAACAACCUUCCCAAUGUCAAAAAGGAGGAACCGCAAAUAGAUUGGGCGGAUUGGGUGGAUGGGAAUUAUGAAGAAGAGGUUAAUCGUGCGUUGUGGGAAGACUAUACAAUCCUCGCCAAAUAUAAUCCAUCUUCAAAUCCUAAUUACUCUUUUGCCCAAUCUUCUGAUUCCGACCAACCAAUUCAACAAACAGCAAAUAACUCUCCUCAGCCUAAAAUGGAAACAAAGAUGGAAUGCAUCAAUGCAGUUGUUGCAGUUUUUCCAGAAAUUUGUAGAGAUCAUGUCGCAGGUCUUUAUGACAGUGUGACUCCAUCGUCUGAUCAAUUGAUCGCUUACAUACUGGACAAAGCUGAUGCCGGAAGUUCUUAUCCAAAAUCAAAAGACACACAAAAGGGUUUGAAAAGAAAGAGAGUACUCAGUGAAGAAGAGGAAGCUAUCCAAAAGUAUGAAGCAGCCGGUCGCGUGGUUGGACCUACUUUAUUUUUGGAGCGGACUUUGAUGUGAGUAUAUUUUUCUCUUCUCCUCUACCACAUGGCUUCCUCUGUCCCUCAUCCUACAUUCAUGUGACUAACUUUUUGUAGUCGAAGCAUCCUUUCAUUCGAGUUUCCACAAACUUCAAUGGCAUUUAUAGAUUCGACACUGUUUUCUUCCGGCCAUCGUCUUUUCACGGCCUAUCGCACACUGGAGGAAGUACAUAGAACUUUUGAUGUCGCUAAUCCACCAUAUAAUAAAAUCAAGAAUCUAAGAAGGAUGCCGCUUGAGUACCGAGAAGAGAGGCUUGAGGAAGCGAUUUCAGGAAAUUUAUCACCUGAGAAGAUGGAGAUUUUUAAAGAAUUACAAGCGUGUCGGAACAUUCGAAAGAGUGCAGAAAGUCGCCGCCUUGCGGAACGUGAAGCCCAACUUGCAGAAGAAGAGAAUGAGAGAAGAGCUAUAGUCGAAGGGACAAUGUCAGAAUGCGCAUGUUGUUAUUGCGACUAUCCACUUAAUCGCAUGGUACAUUGCAACAGCGAAGAAGUACUACAUUGGUUUUGCCGCGGUUGUGCACGACAAACAGCCGAAACCGAGAUAGGAAAUUCUAAAUAUGAACUCUCUUGUAUGUCCACGGAUGGAUGUAAAGCUGGAUUUUCUCUUGAGCAGAGGUAAGUAUUCCCAACUUGUUAGUCCUUUCGGAUUCAUACUUAUUCAUUACACAGGAACCAGUUCCUCGAUGAGUUAACUAUCACUGCCUUGGAACGUAAUGAAGCAGAAGCUGUCUUACGUAUGGCUGAUAUUGAAAAUCUCGCGAGUUGUCCAUUUUGUCCAUUCGCAGCAGAAUACCCUCCUGUUGAGAUCAAUCGAGAAUUCCGAUGCCAAGCUCCUGAUUGCGAAAAAGUCAGCUGCCGCCUUUGCAAAUUGGAGUCGCAUAUUCCCAUGACUUGCGCAGAGAAUGCCAAGGCGAAUGGUCUCUCCGUUCGGCGUCAAAUUGAGGAAGCAAUGUCUGCAGCAAUGAUUAGGAACUGCAAUAAAUGUGGUACUCCUUUUGUAAAGGAAGAAGGUUGCAACAAAAUGACUUGUACACGGAAUGGAUGUUAUAACGUUCAGUGUUAUGUUUGUUCCAAGUCAUGCAACUACGAUCAUUUCAAUGAUAUCAGGAGAGGCGGGAAACAAGGAAAUUGCCCACUCUUCGAAUCUGUGGAGGAUCGACACAACAACGAGGUUAGGCAGGCCGAAAAAGAAGCACUUGAGAAAGUUCGUGCGGAGCAUCCUGAAUAUACCGAGGAUGAUUUGAAGAUUAAGAUGUCGGAAAAUGUCACAAAGGACGAUGAAAAGAGAAAGGCUAUGAAUCCACGAAACCCUAAUGCCAUGCUGUACAGACAAGCUAUUGGUUAGUACUCUGUAGCGAUUUUUCGAUGUUCGAGAUCAUAAUAUUAUGAACUUUGGGUUUGGGAAAAUAAUCUCAGACAUGGUAUUCUUUUGUUAGAACCAGUAGUAAGAGAAAUAUACCGUAACCAAGGGGGAGGAUGUUAUGAAAUCUUUUUGUUUUUGUAAUUCAAUUGCGCUCCCUUAGUUCUCUUGUUCUUUUGCAAAGUACAACUUCCAUGCAUAUUUGCUGACUAAUGGCUACACGACAGCAGACCCCUGGCGUUUCAGAAUGGGACAAAGGCAACCACUACAAGCACAUGCUGAAAAUAGUGAGUUACAUUUAUAUUUCAAUGAUCCUUUUUUUUCUGGGGAGGGAGAAGAUUUCUAUUCGAGAUAUCUGGAUAAUUAGUUCGGAAGAGGGGGGUUGCAUGAUUAUCCACCAAGUAGUAAGACUCGUGCUUUAAAGUUGAAGUUAGAUCGUAUCCUACAGGAUAAAAGGGAAGUGGAAAUGGAUCCGUGGAAAAGUCUAAAAGAUCAUUGGAUCUCUGUUAACGUUCUGGAUUACAUGUAUGUACAAGCAAGCAAGCUCAUGCUAAUAUUUUGUGAUUAGAUGUUAAUGAAAAUGAUAAUGGUAAUGGUAAUGGAGAGGGAGAGGGAGAGGGGAAUGCGGAUGGUUAUUUAGGGGUAAAUGAUGAGGAUUUCGCGGAUUUAUUUGGAGAUCGUUUCUUUGGUUUUCUUGGUAGGGAUGGUGGAGCUGGAGGUGGAGGUGAAGGUGGGAAUAGGGUUAGAUAUCAGCACGAUUUAUAUCCCUUUAUUUUUGCUGAGGAUCCACAUCAUCGGCCGAUUUAUCAAGGCGAAUGGGGGGGAGAGGGAGAAAGGGAAAGGGGACGGGAAAGAGAACGCAAUUCUCCGCGUAUCAGAGCGAGGAAUGCUGACCCCGAUGAAGAUGAGCGGGAUCACCUCCAGCCGGAGCGCGUACCAGUAGAGAAAAACGGAGAAGCGGGGAUAGGGAUGGGGAUGAGGAAUAUGGGCCUUUGGGAUCAUUUUGGUGAGAUGAAUUUUUUGGCUGAGAGGCGCUUGGAUGGACCUGCUGCUGUGGUGGAUGGGGCUGAGAAGCAUGGUGCUGAUGGUGCUGAUGGUGAUGUUAAGAUGAGUGGGGGUAUAGGUCCGGAGCAUGUUAGAGGACGAGCUGGAAAACAAAACGAAGGUCAAUCUCUAGCUCGACGACGACCUGCACAGAAUGCACCAGAACUAACGCAAUACCGCAAUAUUUGGAGUAAGCGAAUAAGGGGAAAUAGGCAAAAUCAAGCUUUUGAUGAUGUGGCGGCGCAAGGGAGGAGACAUGUAGAAGCUAGAGGGCAAGCAGGGAGAGCUCAUGAGAUGAAGGGACAAGGAGCGAGGCAAGAUCUUGGAGAUUUCAAUCUACUAUAUGAUGGAUUUCCACAUCGAUUUCUAGAGGAAGAGCGGGGACAGGAUCGUUUGGAACAAAGGGUAGCUCCUGCGGGUCUGGGUAAUGUGGUUAGUGCUAUUCCGCUUUCAAAUGGGGCUUGGCCCUUGAUUCUCCCUCCUAUGGAACCAGUUCUACCUCCAGGAUUAGUUCUACCUCGGGGGGUAGUUCCGCUUCAGGGGGUAGUCCCGCCUCAAGGAUUAUCUUCACCUCAAGGAUUACCUGCAUUUCAAGGACUAGUUCCACCUCCGGGAGUACCUCUACCUCGAGGAGUAGUUCUACGUCAAGGAUUAUCUUCACCUCAAGGAUUACCUGCAUUUCAAGGACUAGUUCCACCUCCGGGAGUACCUCUACCUCGAGGAAUAGUUCUACGUCAAGGAGUACUUUCACCUCAAAGGCUACCUUCACCUCUAUUCCUCUCUCGAUAAAUUCUACAUCAACACCAACAACACCAACAAGGUUCCUCCCCAUCCCACAUCAUCAAAACCUCAUGAAUUAUAACCAAAAUAUACCUUUACUUCACCAAUAUCACAUCCAAAUCCCACCUUUUUUCUAUCCAAAUCAAGAAGUGCCAGACCAAGGGGCUAAGAACUUUGAUAAGCUUAAUCCUGUGCCUUUUCAGGGUCAUAUUUUUCAUCCCGUGUCGGGUUUUCGGCAUGGUUUUCAACCGGGUUUGCAACCUGCUCUCGAACCAGGUCCCCAACCCGUCCUGCAUAAAUAUAAAGAUGUGCAUGAGAAUGGGAAUGGGAAUGAGCAGUAUCGUAGACCGGUUUUUCAUUUGACAAUGUUUGAGGAGUAUGGGCGUGAGGGUUUGGAGAGGAUGAGGGAGAGAAAAGGGGAAAGGGAGAGAGAAGAAGAGGAGAGAAAG